AACCAAUUCUACAUCACAAAAUAUCCUCACGCAGCCAUUCUUCUUUGCCAUUCUCCCAGAGUCUCAGGCUGCGCGGACAAGCCGGAAGGUGUUGCGUACACAGACGCCAAAUCCGCUCCCAUAAUCUCUUCCAGCUCCUCCCAGUCUGCUGUCCGGUCCCCCGAAGGCUCCCUCAAUACCGCCAAACUGUCACCCAUACUUCUCAAUCGUACCUCGCGCCUGAGCUUCGCUGGCGACCCGCGGCCCCGCCAAUUGGACCCGUCCCAUUCCACCAUGUCUCUGGACGCGAAGGAGGCCAGAAGGCGCCGUAGCAGUAGUCUUGUCUACAAGGAGCCCCCAGAGUCGCUGGAGCAGCUGAGCGACCAGUCUGCCCUGCCCAACCUGAACGCCGAAUGGGUCAACGCAAAGGGCGCCUGGGCUAUUCACUUCGUCCUCAUCUUCCUCGGCAAAAUCUUCUUUGACAUCAUCCCCGGCAUGUCCCAGGAGACAUCGUGGACCCUGGUCAACCUCUCGUACAUGGCGGGCUCGUACCUCAUGUUUCAUUACGUGCGCGGUGUACCCUUCGACUUCAACGCGGGGGCCUACGAUAACCUCAACAUGUGGGAGCAGAUUGACAACGGGGACCAAUACACGCCCGCCAAGAAGUUCCUGCUCUCUGUGCCCAUAGUCCUAUUCUUGGUUAGCACGCAUUAUACGAACUACGACUUGACGUAUUUCAUCAUCAACUUUUUAGCCACGAUAGCUGUCGUUAUUCCGAAAUUACCUUCGUACCCUCCUGUCUCCACCACUUGGGCACACACCACUGUCUCGCGCAGCAUCAUUAAUCUGGACGAAAGACAAGCCACCAUGGUGUGGUCUCAGCUGGAACCCACAGGUCCUCACCUGACCUACCUGGUCCUCACUUCUUUUUUGAUGAUAUACGCCCUCUUCUCCCUCAUGAUCCGGAAUCGACUUCACCUUUCAGAACCGCCCCUAGCCACCGCCUUCGGUAUCGCCAUCGGGCCUCGCGGGCUCAAUGUCGUCACACCUUACGACUGGGGAUUCGACGACAGCCUGGUGCAAGAGAUGACGCGCAUCAUCGUCGGCAUCCAGUGUUUCGCUGUCGGUUUGGAGCUCCCGAACGGAUAUUUUGGGAAGAAAUGGCGUGCCCUCCUUGUGCUCCUCGGACCCGUCAUGAUUGCUGGAUGGCUUAUAUGCGCCAUAUUCAUCCUAAUCCUCUUCAAGACAGACUUUCCAACAGCCUUGACCAUAUCGGCAUGCCUUACGCCCACAGACCCCGUUCUUGCCGCUUCAGUGCUUUCAAACAGCCAGUUUAGCACAAGGGUGCCAAAACGCAUCAGGGACUUGUUGAGCGCCGAGAGUGGAUGCAACGACGGCGUCUCCUUCCCAUUCCUAUUUCUCGGUCUCAAUCUUAUGACUCAAAGCACAGCAGGAGGCCUGAAGAAGUGGUUCCUGAUCACCGUCCUGUAUCAAUGCGUCCUCGGCGUCAUCCUUGGCCUCGUUCUCGGCCACAUCUUCAACAUACUCUACACCUUUUCUCAUAAGCGCAAGAUGAUGGGUCAAGCAUCGUACUUGGCCUUCUACCUACUUCUGGCUAUCUUCUCCAUUGGUUUAGCAUCUACCCUUGGAGUCGAUGACUUCCUUGUAGCUUUCUGUGCCGGACGAGGCUUUUCACACGGUGGUAAUUCACCUACUGCCGACACCCGGUUACCAGUCGUCAUCGACUUGAUGCUAAACUCGACUUUAUUUGUCUUCUUCGGCGCCAUGAUCCCAUGGAAAUCAUUCAACCACCUGGACUCGAUCACCCCCCUGCGGCUUUUCGGGGUACUCGCACUCAUUCUCCUCUUGCGUCGUAUUCCCGUCGUCUUCACACUCUACAAGUUCAAAAUACUGCCGCAUAUACGGACAACCACUGAGGCACUAUUUGUCGGUCACUUCGGGCCGAUGGGUGUCGGUGCACUCUUUCUCGCUAUCGAAGCACGUGCACAGCUCGAGACUGAUACCUCGCUCCCCCUACCCCACCCACCAAAAAACCUCUCUCCGGAGCGUCAGAGGGCGGUCACCCUGAUAUGGCCGAUCGUUUGCUUUGUAGUACUUGGAAGUACGGUGAUACAUGGCCUUAGUACCCUAAUGAUCAGCGUUGGCGGGCACUUCUCGCGGGACGAGGGCGAGAGAGCACCCUUAAUUGGGGCAGAGCGUGAAGGCUUACAUUAUAUGGUUUUUGAUGAAGAGGAGGAACAAGACAACGACGGCGGUCAUAGAAAUGAAGAAGAGGAGGAAUCUGAGGAUCGUGGGUAUAUGCAGGGCAGAAUGUAACGUCGUUGUUAACCUAGACAUACGACACAUUGGCUCUUAGCGACAACACUCGCAUGAUAUCCGCGUUCAGUUGCCACAUCUCGAUACCUGGUACACCAUCUCGCGGCUUCUUUAACGACAUUUCCCACCCCAUAAAUACCUCACAAUGUUAUACGAAUAACUUUAUGUAUUCCAACCUCGAC